AUGGACUAUUGUGGCACAGCCCUUUCCUGGACGCGUCAAACGAGACGCGCCAGCCAUGAAUCGGGUUUGUCGGAAAAGCAGAUGUUGGUAGAUGUCAUUGACGGCAUGGUGGGUUCCCGAGAGGAGUUGGAAAUAGUGCAGGCAAACGUUUGUGCGCAGUCGGGACUCAGAUUGGUCCACGACCUCUGGUUCGUAUGGAGGAGCCCUGUCUGGUGCGAGCUGCGGAAGGAUGGUAACAGUGGUCUUGACAGUGGGGAUCAAUUGCACGGGCAGGUCCAGGGUACAAUAUCGAUGGAUGCCCUUGCAAGCGGGGAGCGGGAGCCUUGUGGAACGGAUCGUCCAUUUGAGAGACAUGCUUUGUCCACACGGAACCAAGAUAUUCCUGGAGCGGGUUUCGAGCAUGCUCACUGGAUCGAAGGCUAG